UACUUUAAGAUUUUGAAGUUGAAGUGCAAAAUUAAGGGCCAAAAUGAACCCACCUUUAAAGAUUCAGGGCCAAUGUAUAAAACUAUAAUCACAUGUUUAGAUAAAAAAAAAAUGAAAAUCAUCUCCUCCUCCCUAUCAGCAUAUCGACUCCGCCGCCGCACAGAGCCCACAACCAUCGAUCACCACUCCGGCUAUAUUCUUUCCUAGCUCUUUCAGGCUAAAACAAAGAGAUGGGUGCGGAGGCAAACGGAGCAGAACAGACUCCUACAGAAACAACGCAGGAGACUGUUGAGGAACUACUCGAGGCUGCACGGUAUGAUGACAUGGAUGAUCUUAUAAGACUGGCUUCUACGGGUGUCUCUCUUGAUUCUAAGGAUUCACAAGGCCGAACGGCACUUCAUAUGGCUGCGGCUAAUGGACAUCUUGAUAUUGUGGAAUAUCUCAUUGGUAGUGGUGUGGAUGUUGAUGCUUCUAAUGUGGAGAAGAAUACCCCUCUUCAUUGGGCUUGUCUCAAUGGUCAUGUUGAGGUAGUUAAGAAAUUAGUUUUAUCAGGAGCACAUGUAAACCUUUUAAAUAGCCAUGAGCGGACCCCAAUUGAUGAAGCUGUGAGCAUGGGAAAGAUGGAUGUUUUGGAUGCAAUUAAUGCCACAAGUGCUGAAUUGGAGCUUACUGGUGUCAAUGUUUCCUAAUGUUGGACCUUCAUAUUGGAAGCAUUGUUUUAUAGUUCGAGAAGUAUGUAUCUUUUCUCAUACAAACUUAUGAGUUACUUUAUAAUCUAAUCUUCUUCCCUUCGUUCCCAUCCCUGAUUGUACAAAAUUUUGGUGAUUGCCAUAGUGGCCCUUUAGUGGCCUUCUUCUGACUUUGCCUAAACGCUUAAUUGUUCUUUAAUAUGAAAGGUAUAUGUUUCAAC